AUGGCUGUAGGGUGCCCAUCGAUGUGUGUCUGUGCCCAUUGGCUGCUGUCGACGCUUCUUUUCCUGAUGCUUGGCAGUCCGCCUGCUGAAGGCCUCAAGGGCACCAUGGAGGAGGCUACUCCAGGGUAUGGUGAGCGGGCAACGCUGACGCCCCCGACGCUGCAUGCAAGCCCCAUCUUGAGUGAAGCCCGCCACCCAACGCCUACGGCGGCGUUGGGUACCUCGGCCACGCGCAAGCUCACUGUCUCCCUGUCAUCCGUGUCAAACGCCCUUGUGACCCCUGUCUUCAAUGGCUCCCUCUCGCCAUCGUUGUCAGCGAGUCAGUCGCCGCAGCUCUCCCCUACCUGUUCGCCAACCCCGUCGCUGGAAGAGAUACCAGACAACAUGUACACACGAACGGAGAGUUGUGGACUUCCGGCUGUAAACAAAUGUGCAGAGAAUUUCUGCGACUGCAUCUCGCGUGAACACUCACGGACCACCAAUGAGUCGUGGUAUUUUAAGAACGGGGCGUAUCGCUGCCGACAAUCUGCAAACACAAAUUGUUACUAUCAUCUUUACUGUGCGAGAGAGCGAGUGUCAUGCUUGUGGAGUGCUGCCAUUUGGUACAAGGAGGAUCCUAACGCAGUACUUGCGCUCGGUGGCUUAACGGGUUUGACUCAAGGCUCUUUCGGUGACGAGGGCUGCAUAGGAUUAGAAAAUAUAUACGGCAACUUCUCUCGGCUCGCGCAAAACACGAACUACUACGAUUCCAUCUUUUAUAGUGAGUGUGUAGACUAUGUAAAGUUUAUUCUGCAACGUACGGGUGGGGAUAUUUGUACGACAAGUAUUGUUCCCAUGUACGUCUGUGGGGCGUCACUUUUUCCGCUUCCGCCCACAAGACCAAUUCAUUAUUCUCCAUUAAGUAAAGGAGCUCGGCGACUUGUUAUUUCAAUUGUGGCAAGAAUUGUAGGCAACUUCACCCCUGUGUUUGCCCCGGCGUGGAAUAGAAAUGAUGAAAAGCACCAGCUGGGUAGAGAGUAUUUGAGUCAGGCCAUGUACCGCUGUUUCCAGAACGUGAUUGGCAUCGACGGUGUGUUCUCUAUGAUGCACGCAGAUGAUUGCCUCGUUGUCAGGUAUGAGGUGGGCGUGGGGGAGGCUGAUCCGUGGGUGGGUGACUUAGUGACGGCAAAUGCGCUCAAUCUGAUGGUGCGCAACGCCUCCUGGAUGGACCCCGCGCAACGCGUGAUUAACAACCUCACGGAUUCCGUGAAUCUUAGCGCACCGAUUGUGGUGUAUGAUGUGAACUUUGAGCCUGGGCAGGGUCAGCCGGAGGCCAAACUGUGCGAUGCUGGCUGCGCGGUUGCGCUCGCGUUGGUCUUUUUCUUGACUCUCAUUGCAUUCAUUUUUUCAGUUGUAUUUUGUUGUAGACGUCCUCGGCAACUGUAUACCAUAUUUGAACGCAACUACGAUUCCGAGGAAGAGCUGGAAAACGUGACGGGCCGAAGAGAAAUUAGAGACAAAAGGAAAUAA